CUUCCCCCUCUUUCAUUCAUUGCUUUUCCCUCUCACAGCUGCAACCUCAACCUCAUCUACGUACACUUAGAUCACAAUGAAGCUACUCCCCCGGUUGUCCGUCGCCGCCCUCAUGGUCGUCUCCUCCUUCGCAGGACGAAGCUUGAAGGACUUUACUGCUGAUCCACAGAUCCAAGCUGCCGCCCCACAUCUUAUCCAACUGAUUAGUUCUCGCCCUAUCGAAUACGCAUUAUCUCGCAGCGGCUCACCUAACCCACCCACCGGCAAUCACGUACCGCUCUUCAACGACAUUGUUGAGAUCGUGUCCCAAACAGUUUUCACUCCCAAGAGCAAAGAAGCGGACUGGUCACGUCUCGAAGCCGCAAAACUCAAGGCCAUUCAAGCCCAUGGAGAGGAGGCGGUCUAUUCGUUUGCGGAUCUUACAGCCAUUGACACGCAUCGCGCUUUACUGAUAGUAAACACCAUCUAUGACACCGUUGUGCAUCUACCUCCCAGUAGCAAGUACAACCAAAAAAUCAUUUUCAUUCUGGGACUUUAUUGGAUUUGGCUUGAUCAAGUCCUCAGAUGCCGUCAGGGGUGUCAAGUCCUUUGUCUCUCCACAGAGCGGCGGAUGUAACACCCAGGACACGGUCUAUCUUAGGAGUGUCAAGGAAAUUGUUUACUACAGCUCUUUGACAGACGGGGUCGCCGGAGGAGCCAUGGCUGCGGCGCCAAGCAAUUCAGCCGUCAAGUCACUGGGAUUGGGAACGAUUAUUGCGUCCGUCGGUAAGCUCGCAGUCGAGAUUCAUAUGGCUCAGUCGAUCGCUCAGCUUGCGGGACUAGACCCCUUUGACGAGAGUGUGAGGGCAAUGGUCUACUUGGCACUUGCUGCAGAUUCGCCAUCUUCGGACUAUGCCCUUACUGCGAGAGAUAUAUUCAAGGUAAAGAGCCGAGGUAUCGCCAGCAAGGUCUCCAUGGAGGCACUCAGAUUUUUGGAGCGGGAGACAGCAUUGGUGUUGAUUACAAAGGGUACGGGGCGUAUCAUAGGACAGGGAGCGUUCCCGAGUAUGCCGGUAGUGCGCAACAUCUUUGCUUUCAGCAGAGACGUAUUGAAUAUGAAUAGCGUUGGGGAUGUGUUGAAGUACGUGUUCUGUCCUGGACAGAACAGCGAGCCCUUAUCUGUUGAGGAUGACAACCUUGAGUCUCCUUCGGAUCAUGAUCGGAAUGGUGCAGCUGAGGAUGUGAGCAUAAACGAGAACCAUGACGGCGCGGUUGAGGACGAGGAGGCAGACGAGCACGACAAGAAUGAGAGUUAUGUGGAGCAGACUGCUGGCGAUAACCGUCCUUUGGGUGGGGGGCAGAAGGCCUUUAAUACGCCUCAGGGCGUAAACCAAGUCGAACAACAGAAGGCGGCCGGGGAACAGAAGAGGCAAGAUCUGUAGACCGUGAAUGCAGGGUCACGUUCGUAUUGGCUGAUUGCGACAAUAAAC